AUGAUUAAAUAGAGGCACCGGCAAAUAAUAUUCUCAUUAAUGACUUAGCGCAUCUAGUCAUUGUGUUCUUUACGAUCUGGGCUCUGCUCAUGUGACUGCCUGUUUCUACAGUUUCCUGAUCUGGGAAACAGUAUACGGAUAGCUAGCACAACGAAUUAGCGCCAUGCAAGAAAUUAUGUUGAAAUAGCUUUUCCAGAGGAUAUUAAUGUAAUCAAUCGCAAGUAUAAUAGGUUGUUAUUUGUCAAUCAUAUUGGUAAAUUCACUAAUGUGUCAAAGCUAAGUGUAGCCAGUACUCCCGGUACAUUUUUGCUUGCUAGCGAGUCAGCUAACUACGCUAACUGUUAGCUAACUAGUCUCAGCUAUCUUUAGUUGGGUCCGCCUACGAUGACACAUUUCAACAAAAAUACAAGAAAUAAAGCCUAGACUCUGCAUGGCGAGCUAGCAGCAGCAGAAGUGACUCUCCCUAGAGCAGGCUGAGGCCAGUGGUAGAGCAGUGGCGUGGCCCCGGCCUGUACGGGAGGAGAACCAUGGCCUCUCGUCAUCAGAGGAACUCUGUGCGGAUCCUGUCCAGCCGGGAGCGCGGCUCGCAGGCCUUUGGCUCGCAGCACCUCCUGCAGCAGAUGGUGGAGGAGAAGGUCCGCUGGAUGAAAUGGCAGAGUCAGAAAGUGGAGCUGCCAGACAGCCCUCGCUCGACGUUCCUGUUGGCCUUCAGCCCAGACCGGACCCUCAUGGCUUCCACUCACGUCAAUCACAACAUCUACAUCACGGAGGUGAAGACUGGAAAGUGCCUCCAUUCGCUGGUGGGCCACCGCCGCACGCCCUGGUGCGUGACCUUUCACCCCACCAUCCCUGGCCUGGUGGCCUCAGGGUGCCUUGACGGAGAGGUCCGCAUCUGGGACCUGCAUGGUGGCAGUGAGAGCUGGUUCACAGAGAGCAACGUGGCCAUUGCCUCGCUUACCUUCCACCCCACCGCCCAGCUCCUCCUCAUCGCCACCAACAACGAGCUCCACUUCUGGGACUGGAGCCGGCCCGAGCCCUUCGCCGUGGUCAAAACCGGCAGCGAGACUGAAAGAGUCAGGUUGGUGAGGUUUGAUCCUUUGGGGCACAAUCUUCUGACGGCUAUUGUGAACCCCACCAACCAGCAGAAUGAUGAUGACUCAGAGAUCCCCAUGGACAGCGUGGAGAUGCCCCACUUCCGCCAGCGCUCCUUCAUGCCCUCCCAGCCUGUACGCCGCACACCAAUCCUCCACAACUUCCUGCACAUCUUGUCAUCACGCUCGUCGGGGGCGCAGGCUGGGGGGGAUUCUUCCCGCCCUGGUGGGGAGGGCAGCGGCGAGCCCCCCAGCAUGCCUUUGGGCCAGUACCCAGCAUCGCAGAACCGUGGACCGCCCUACCCAGGCUGCACCCAGCACCUGGGCAUGGUGUGCCUCUGCAGCCGCUGCACGGCCAACCGCAGCCCCUCUCUGGGCGAGGGUCCCUCCAACUCCAGGCCUGUGGUCCCCCCCGAGCCUCCCCAGGUGGCCUCUCAGCCAGUCCCCCACACCUCUACUUUCUCCUCGGCCCGUACGGAGCCCCGGCAGCCUUCGGAGCCCACUGGGGCCCAGCAGCGGCCCUCGGCCUUCACCACGGUCUACUACAGCGCCGGCAGCUCCCUGCACCGCGCCGUGCCUACCACCCACGUGGCCAGCCAGCCCCUGAGCCAGCAGCUGCCCCUGCCCGCCAGCCACCAACACCAACCCCCAUCCCACCCGCUGCCCGGACCUGACUGGACACGCAGCCUGCUGAACAUGAGAAGCUCAGAGAGCGGGGCCGGAAGUGGGGGGAGCAGCGGAGGGGUUAUGAGUGGUGUAGGGGGUGGGAUGCUGCCCCCCCGGACCAGCUCGUCCUCUGUCAGCCUGCUGUCAGUGCUGCGGCAGCAGGACGGCUCUUCCCAGUCCCCCGUCUACACCUCCGCGACCGAGGGACGAGGCUUCCCCCCGCAGCCGGGCGCCGAACCUGGCUCCAGCCCCGUGGCCAAUCAGAGAGGAGGAAGUGGUGGUGGAGGAGGAGGAGGGGUGGGCACCAGCAGCGGGCACCACCCAUUCUGGGAUGGCACGCGCAGCAACCCGGCCUUGUUCCGCAACGUGCUCCAGUGCAACCUUAGCCGCUACUUCAUGGAGUGCGACCGCAUGCAGGACCUGGAGUCGCCGCUGGGUGGCGCCAGCGGGGAUGUCGGGGGAGGGGAGGGUGGCCAGGAGCAGACGCAGGAGCUGCUCAACAACAACAUGGACCCGGUGAGACCCGGGCCUUCCUCGUCCUCCCACUACCAGCCCCAGCCACCCCCACCUGCCCUAACCGAGAACAACCCCCCUCCCUCCUCUAGCGCGGCCCACUCCUCCCGGGGCCACCUGAACCGCUGCCGGGCCUGCCACAACCUGCUCACCUUCAACCACGACUCCCAACGCUGGGAGCGCACCAGCCCGGCCUCCUCCACCUCCGCUGUCUCCACCCAGGAGGGCUCCAGCUCUCCCUGGCGGCAGCCCUUCAGCCCUGCCUAUGAGGAUCCCCAUGCAUCCCCACAGAGCCGGGAUCCACACCCCCAUCCCCAAGAGAGGGAGAGGAGGGUAGCCCAGCCCCCUGAUCCCAGCGAGCUGCAGCCCUCCCCAGGCCCUCACGUUGCAGCCAUGCCCUUCCCCACCAUUGCGUCGUCCUCUGCCCAGCCCGGGGAGCAGACUGUGGGCCUGGUGUACAACCAGGAGACGGGCCAGUGGGAGCGUGUCUACCGCCAGGCCGCCUCCAGCCGCUCCGCCGACGCACCGCCAGAGGCCUUAAGCCAGGAAAUGCCUGUGGAUAACCCGGACGAGGACUCUCUGAGAAGGAGGCUGUUGGAGUCCUCCCUCCUCUCUCUCUCCCGCUACGACAUGGGAGGAUCCCGAGACCACCCUAUCUACCCAGACCCCGCCAGGUUGUCCCCAGCUGCGUACUACGCCCAGAGGAUGAUCCAGUACCUGUCGAGGCGGGACAGUAUCCGCCAGCGCUCGCUGCGCUACCAGCAGAACCGGCUGAGGACCCUCUCCUCCUCAUCGGACAGCCCUGCUGGCAACCCCUCGGCCGCCAUGGAGAACAGCGACGUGGACUUUGAGGAGCUAGAUGAUAACGGAGACCGGAUGAGGCACAGAACACCGCGCAACGCCAGGAUGUCCGCUCCAUCGCUGGGGCGUUUCGUUCCCCGGCGGUUCCUGUUGCCUGAGUAUCUGCCAUACGCUGGGAUCUUCCACGAGAGGGGACAGCCUGGCCUGGCCACUCACUCCUCUGUCAACAGGGUCUUAGCAGGUGCCUCCAUCGGGGACGGACAGUCGGCGGUGGCCAGCAACAUAGCCAACACAACCUACCGGCUGCAGUGGUGGGACUUCACCAAGUUCGACCUGCCUGAGAUUAGCAACGCCUCUGUGAAUGUGCUGGUGCCAAACUGUAAGAUAUAUAACGACGCCAGCUGUGACAUCUCAGCGGACGGGCAGCUCCUGGCCGUGUUCAUACCCAGCAGCCAGCGGGGCUUCCCUGACGAGGGCAUCCUGGCCGUGUACUCCCUGGCCCCGCACAACCUGGGGGAGAUGCUCUACACCAAGAGAUUUGGUCCCAAUGCCAUCUCGGUGAGCCUGUCUCCCAUGGGCUGCUACGUGAUGGUGGGCCUGGCCUCCCGCAGGAUCCUGCUACAUCCCUCCACUGACCACAUGGUGGCGCAAGUGUUCCGGCUGCAGCAGCCCCACGGCGGAGAGACCUCCAUCAGGAUGGUGUUCAAUGUGGUGUACCCCAUGGCUCCGGACCAGCGGCGGCACGUCAGCAUCAAUUCAGCCAGAUGGCUUCCAGACCCGGGGAUGGGCUUGGCCUACGGCACCAACAAAGGGGACUUGGUCAUCUGCAGGCCCGUGUUGUACCGGAGUGACGGAGAGAGCCCGGCCGAAGCGAGCGCCGAGCCCAUAUUCACAGUCAGUAACAGCGGUGGUGGAACCAGCAGGACCCGCGGUACAGAUCGACCAGGGGUCUCCAGUCGCACCAGCUGGAGACUUGACAGGGACAUGGGUCUGAUGAAUGCCAUUGGCCUCCAGCCCCGACAGCCCGCCCCCUCGGUGACCUCACAGGGCACUCAGACAGCCAUCGUGCAGCUGCAGAACGCCGAGACGCAGACAGAGAUGGACCUCUCCGGGCCCAGCACCUCCCACGCUGCUGCUUAUGUAGAAGCCCGUCAAGAGGUCCCGUCCACAAGCCGUGAGACCCAGGGAGGCCUGGAGCAGCCACAAACCAGUCGGACCGAGGACAGUGCCAUGGGGGACGCUUCAACAGAAGCCGGCACCUCCACAGCCAACACCGGCGAGGCCCCAGAGUAUGCCCCGGGAGAGGACGCCCUGGCGCGCAUCCGCCGGCUCAUCGCAGAGGGCGGCAUGACGGCGGUGGUCCAGCGGGAGCAGAGCACCACCAUGGCCUCCAUGGGCGGCUUCGGCAACAACAUUAUCGUCAGCCAUCGCAUCCACCGCGGCUCCCAGACCUGGGCCGGCGCCGCAGCCAGGCGGCCCAGCAGCAGUGACCCCAACCUGGCCGUCCCCAGCCCCUCUACAGCCUCCCUUUCCACCGCCACCGCCUGCCCCCUCACCAUUACCCAGCCACAGCCCUCCCAGACCCAGACCCUGCGUCUCAGCCUGGAGCACCCCUCCGCUCCCACAGAGCCUCGCCCAGGCCCGGUGUGGGGGCCGCCCUUUCUCUCCCAACCACAACCCCCCAGCCUAGCCUCAGGUACGGGGGCUGGGCUCUCAGUGGCCAUGGACAUCGACAAUGUGUUUGAAGUAGCCAGCCGAAUGGACAAUUCUGAGCCAGGCCCCUCUUCCUCCCUGCUCUUCUCCUCUUCCUCCUCCUCCUCUCGCAGCUCCUACCCUCCCAGCAGUGGCACAAACGGCAACGAUAACAAUAGCAGCAGCAGCAGAGAUGGUUACCGAGGCGACCCUUACAGCAGGUAGAGUCCUGUGAGGCUUGACCAUUAUUGCCCAAGAGAGGGAGAGAAUUCCCCAGAGCAGACAGUGGGGGACUGAUGCUAGUGACGAUGCUUUGGGCCGAGAGACGGUGUAUCAGGAACCCUAAGGGGACUCCGUGUGGCCCUGUCUAGCAGGUGCGCUUCUCCUCAAAGCCUUAUCUCACAAAUAAUGGUUUCUCAGACUCUGCGUGGUCUCCAGCCCUGAACAGAAGGGACAUCAGCUUCAGUGGCAUUUUGACCCCCUCUGUAUUGGUGUGCACUUACAUUUGCACUUAAAAUGGACCUUAGCUGUAUGAUCAUUCCAUGUCAGAAAGGGCUUUUACUUGAAUUGUGAGUUUUUUUCAGUCCUUCUCUUCGCAUAGGCGUGACCGAUAGACAAGGUUCCUCCAUUCAAAGUGCCAUGUAAGGGUAAUUGUAAAGAACAACAAAAAAAAAGGUGUUUCUUCAGUGCAGCGUUCUGGUGCCAUGUGAUUGAAUUUGACAUGAAAUAGUGUGCGUUUGCUAUAUUUUGAAGCCUCUUUUUUUGUAUUUGUAAUGUGAUGAUAAUGCUUGGCGGGAAAAUAAUGCUAUCGUUGUAUGAGUCAUGAUAUGAUGCGUGUGGCAUGACUAAAGCCAUGCCUUUUCAAGAGAGAAUCUGCAGCUGCCUGUUUUCAUUAUAGAUUGACUAUGUCAGAGGUCCCCCCAAAAGGAUCAUGGUCAUAUUACCCAUGAGUCCCCAAGUGUACAGAGCAUCUGAUUUGAAGUUACAAGACUAAGCCCCCUAUUGCUUCAAGUUCAAGCAGGAUACAGUGAACGUAUACAAAAUGGUGGAUGUAAUGUUACAAUGUCUAAUCGAUCAUUUCUGACUGUAUUGAUACUGUGCUAUUGUUCUACUGCAUGUUUUCAAUAAUGCUGCAUCGUUUUCCGACGAAAAAAGGGAACGCCAUCGGCACAAAAGUCUUUGCGAAGUAUGGACAAAUCGGCAUUGGGGGAGAAGGGGAAACAAAAAAACUAACUUGCACACCUGUUUGGGGAAGAGUUAGACAGCUCUCUAGACAGGCUUGUGUCAUGCUAAGAGGCAGCACCGUCAUUCCUCUCCUGUUGCACUACAGUGACUGGGUUUGGUGCCAAGAGGCGUGCGGUGAGGCCUGGGUCAGGAUUUGUUUACCAUCUGGUCACCCACUCCACAAACCUCCAAAAGUGCGAUGGUGACCCAGACCAGACCCAGAGCCCCCUGUCGCCUGCACUCACCACUGGUGCUCCAGGGACACCGUGAGAGCCGAGACGUUACCACUAGGAUUCAAUGAAACAAAGCUGACUGUUGACUUGAAUUACGCCCAGUGACCCUUCCCACAAAGACUCUGAGGAGGAGCGAGCAGGGGGCUAGCUGGAUUGGCUCAGCUGUAGCUGUCUGUCAACAGGGAGAGGGUCUUCACUGAGCUUCUUCUUCAAAACCCAGCACCAACACACCCAGCGCUUAAGAAGCACUGAAGUGGAGCUGUUAUGUGUGUGUAUGCUUGUCUCUGUGAGUGUGUAUGCGUGUGCAUUUGUAAGUGU